AACAAAAACAACAACAAAAACAACUACAAAAAUUAACAAACGACAUAAUUGAUAUAACUUAUUCAAAAGAUUUAGAAAUAAGUUCAACAAGUGGAGUUAAUAACGAGAGUUCUGAAAAUGAAGACUUAGAGUUUAGGUCUAUAAACAAUCCUAAUCCUUUUAAGUUUAGAAAGCAGUCUAACGAUUCAUUAAGUUUGUCAAAAUAUGGAAGCUUGUUUAAUCAAUAUGACGAAGCACCAGAAUCGAUGAGUAUACAAAAGAAGAUAGCACCAUCAAAUAAACACACAACAGUGGAGAGAUAUAUAAGUAAAAAUGAAGAAAACAAUAUAAAUCAUAUGAACAUGUAUUCUACGAAAAAAUAUAAUGCACAUAAUAACUUAUCAAAUAAUUAUAACUACAUUUCGAGCUUCUAUAAAAACCAAAACAAUUUAUAUAGGACUGGCGAUGCAUACCAUGAAAGGACUACUAUGAGAACUAUCAGUAGAACCAAUAACGUUCCAAAUAAUGGUUCAAAUAAUGUUACAAAUAACGUCCCAAAUAAUAGUAUUACUACUGCACCCUUUAGAACCUCCAACAUGUACAACACAUAUAAAUUAAAAUCAAACGAAGUAAGAGUAUACGGUACACAAAACUUUAAUAAAAAUAAUUCUAGUAUGUUGCUACAAAACUUACAUAGAGAAAUUUUAAGUGAUUUAUUUGGAAACGGUGAUAAACAAAAUGAUUCAACAGAUGAAGUGGUAAAUGAAAAAGAAAAUAAAAAUAACAAAAAUGUAGAAGAAUCUGAAAACGACAAAGAUAAUGUUAUUUCUUAUGGGAUGAUAGAAAAUAACCAUAGUGAAUAUCUAGACACAAAAAAAAAAACAAAAAAAAAAAAAAAAAACGAGUUAUUAAACGAUGUAUCAAUAAAUUCACAAGUAUCGGAACAAACAAUAACAAAUAAUAACAGUAAUGAUGAAAUGUUAUCAACACAUUAUAAAAAAAGAAAAAGAAAUAACACAGAUAAUGUAAACAAUACAGUAUAUAAUGAAUUAAAUAAAAAAAAAAAAAAAAAAAGUUCUGUUCAUAAUAAUAAAACAUACUUGGUUAAUGAAAGUGAUUAUGGUAGUAUAUCUGACAAAUACGGAGGCUCAAAUAGUUACGAAAGUGAAGUUUAUGACAAAUGUGCUUCUAAAAAAAAAAGCCACAAAAUCAGGAGUAGGAGUAGGAGUAGGAGUAGAAACGAAAGCCAAAGAAGAAGCGAAAGAAGAAGCGAAAGAAGAAGCGAAAGAAGAAUCGAAAGAAAAAGUGAAAGAAAAAGUGAAAGAAAAA